GAUGGCCGGGAGCCCGGAGGAGAGCCCUGGCUGGGUGAUCGGAGAAGAACGGCGGCUUUGCUAGCUAGGAUCGUUCGAUCGAUUGGUCGGUCGGUCCGUCGAAAUGGACAGGCCAGAUCGCCACCAGUUCUUCAUGCCGGUGCAGCAGCCGCAGCUGCCGCCGCCGCCGCACCACCACCACCAGCAGCUGUGCGCGCCGAUGAUGGACGAGCAGGCGUCGUUCUUGGCGGGGAGGGGCGGCGGAGGUGGAGCGGCGGGGAGGGGGGAGAGGAAGCGGCGGUUCACGGAGGAGCAGAUACGGUCGCUGGAGUCCAUGUUCCACGCGCACCACGCCAAGCUGGAGCCCCGGGAGAAGGCGGAGCUGGCGCGGGAGCUGGGCCUGCAGCCGCGGCAGGUGGCCAUCUGGUUCCAAAACAAGCGCGCCCGGUGGCGCUCCAAGCAGCUCGAGCAGGACUACGCCGCGCUCCGCGACAAGUUCGAUGCCCUCCACGCCCGCGUCGAGUUCCUCAAGCAGGAGAAGCACGCCCUCACCGCACAGUUGCAAGAGCUAAGCGAGAGGCUGAGGAAGCGGGAGGACCACCGGGCCGCCAGUGGCGGCGUCGCGGCGACAGCUAGCAGCAGCUGCAACGGCGGCGGCGAGGAGGCGGAGGACGACAAGAGGAACGUCGUCCUCCGGUGCGUCGACAUGGAGCCGCCCGAGAGUUGCGUGCUCGGCGGGGCGUGCGCGACGCCGGCGGACGUCUCGGUGGAGUCCGAGUGCGACGACCACCGCCUCGGCUACGACGACGGGUUCCCGGAGUCCUUCUGCGCCACGCCGGAGCUGUGGGAGCCCUGGCCGCUCGUGGAGUGGAAUGCGGUCGCCUGAGACACGGUGGAAGCUAGUACAUAGGCUUGCGUGUGUAAGAUACGCCGUGCAUGGUGCCAUGGCGCUCUCAAAUGGAACCGGAGGAGAACGGGGACGGGCUGUGCCAAUGACGGGUGGGCCCCGGCGUCAGACCGGGGAUGAGAAGACGUACGUUCAAGCGAUGGAACCUUGGAGACGAUCAACCAGUGGGAUUAGUGUUUUCAAUCUGCAAAGGUUAAUGGUAUUCAUUAGAGACGCAGAUGCUCAUUGGUAGGUCGACUGCUAGAGUUGCACACUAGCAUGCAGCUUUGUUGUUUCCUUUGGAAAUCAAAGUUAGAUAAUAUAAUCGAAGCAUAUAUGUUCGCUUGAUAAAAAUAUAUAUUAUUCGCGUGUACGUAUA